AGGGGAGGAGGGAGGGAGGGAGGGAGGGAGGGGUUUCUGGAGAGAAGACAGAAGAGAAGGGGGGAGAAAAGAGGAGGGGGAGACAUAUAAAAGCCCCCUGUAGUUCGAGCCACACUUUAUCCAGCCCGUGUCUCCAGCUCUGUCCACAGUCACCGAGAAGCCCUAUCUCUCUCUCUCUCUCUCUAACACACACUCUUACACACACACUCAUACACUCGCUCAGAAUCUCGACUGCUCAACGUGUGGCUCUCUGUCUCACAGAAGUACUCGCACAAACUUUGAUUGGCUGCACGCUCGCUCUUUCACACACACACACACGCUCUCACACUCACACGUUCGCGCUCCUCGGUACGACCUUCAGCAGCUGCGCUCACAAAGAAAGGAUGAUGAGAGACUCCACGAGGAGAAUGAAUGACUUCUGGGGAAGGAUGUCUGUCGCUCUGCUGUUCUGUGCCCUGCUCCUACAAGGUGGAUUCUGCCAGGAUGAUGCUGCCACUGACGCCACUGACGCCCCCGCCGUCACUGACUCCGCCGCCGUCCCAGCCAGGGGUGAUGGGGACCCCACUGAUGCUCCCGGGGGGGACCCCCAAACUCCUAUCGAAAUCUCGGUUCCCACAAUCUUCCCGCUUGGAGGAGAGACUGACAACACAGGCGUCACCUUGGCAACCACAGCCCCAGAUGCUGCCACAGACGAUGCUGGGGCCGCAGACCAGACAGGGGUCACCGCCGCCACCACUGCCUCCGGUGCCCUAGAUACCGUCGUCACUCAGGAGCCCGCGGCCCCUGCAGACAGCGACACCAGCCAGACCUCCCAGACUCCCGUCCCACACGACUCGGCAGGCAGUGAUGUCACUCAGGCGCCGGCCGUAGUUGUGCAGACCGACAAACCAACAGUAUCAGUCGAGUGUGUGAGCCAAGAUGCAGUGAAAGACAAAACUAUGGUGAAGAUUGAGUUGGAAUCUCCAAUGGACUGUAACAUUGUCAAGAAGGACAUAGAGGAGGCCUUUUGCCGGGACAAACAGUUCUGUGAAAUUUUCAUCACCCAGGAAGAAAAUAUGUUGACGUUGUCAGGAGAAACCAUCGAGGAAAACGCGGUAGCAGCAUCAAAGAAGCUCCAGGAGAGUCCGCUGAAGGAUGCGCUGGGAGUGCUGCAGGCUGAGCCGGUCGUGGUCCAGCGGAGCUCUGCAGUGUUGUGCACCAUCUUGGUCAUAGGUCUCCUGGUGGCCGCUGGACUCAUUGCAGGGUACAUGUGGAUGAACCAUCGCAGAUCCAACAACAAGGGCAUGAGACUGGCUGGAGACUCGUACCCGGUGGAUGAGGAGAACCAGGGCAACACCCUGAUGUCCGUGGCCCCGCUCAACCCCCCCGAGCCCCAGGAGAAGCCCAGCAUCAACGGGGAGUCCCUCGACGGCGUGAAGACCCAGGUCCCCGCCGCCACCAACGGCCACUCCACAGCCAAAACCCCCGUGGCUGACACUGAGCUGUGAGGGGGAGCGAGGCGACCCCCCCCCCCGCCACCACGCCCAGAUAGCCGGAUCCACGCCACAACGGAGCCAAAUCCGCACAGGAACCAGCUGCUGUCUGGGCUACUGCUUCAAUCAGAAACACACACACACACAAACACACACACACACACAUAUGUGCAGACACUGACGCACACACAUGGGCAGACACACACACACACACACACAUACACACCCACACACACACACAUACACUGACACACCCUUGAUCUUCAAACUCCUUUGUACCCUCAGUGACUUGACUCCAUCUACAAGCAUGACCCCUCAGCUAUGUAACUAUAAAGAGGGUGAUAACGAGGCCUUAACGGUGCCUUAAUAAGAAACUAUGAAUUUGAUUAUGAAUAGGUAGUUAUUGUAUGUUAACCAUGGUUAACAGUGGUUGAUGUAAAUGAUAAACAAAAAAAAAUUAUAAUACUGAUGACGAAUAAUGAUGUUUUUGGUGAAGGUAGUUACUGAAUAUCGACUACCCGGGUUUUUGAUGAAAUGGUAAACCAAAUGACAGUAAUAGUGGCGGCAGUGGUCAAGGUGAUGGCGUUAGUGAUGCGUUUCGUACGCAGAGGUGUAAAGGUUGGCCUCUGACUUAUUGAUGUUAGGAGUCUAGUCCGAGUCUGUGGAGGGGAGGCUCUCCCUGCCUCACCACUGGCCUCCUUGACUGCAGCGUGCCAUCCCAAAGCCCUGUGCCUUGUUUCAGUGUUUCACAAGCCUCCCAAAGGUGUCCACACACACACACACACAGACACACACACACACACACACACCUCCCAAAGUGCCUCUGCACCGAUGGGCUUGGUGGGGCAAACGCCCUGAGAUAAUCAUUAUAGUAGUACAGACUUACAUCUUCACAUCUGUUUACAAACAACUCUGAACAAAAGUGAUUGGAGGUAUGUGUUUAUUGAGGUGUUCGAGUUCGGAUGUCUGUGUACACGAACGUGAGUCUUCGGUGAGCAAAUACUUGUAUGUCUCCCGUGUUUUAAAAUAGUGCGUUCUUAUAUGAAGGCUUGUAUGUGGUUUGUGUGAGUGUGUGUGUGUGUGUGUGUGUGUGUGUGUGUGUGUGUGUGUGCAUGUGUGUGUGUGUAUGGCUAUUAGUGGCCGAUGUGUGUGUGUGUGUGUGUGACAACAUGACAGUCAUGUGUAACUGUUUAUCUCAACAAAGGACAAAGUGAUGACUCGGAGGAGUGUGUGCAGACGGAGUGUGUGCUCCUCUGACACGUCAGACUCACGGUUACUGAAGAGAAAGUCUGUGAUUUGAAGUAGAGAAGUUCAGAAUAGACCUCCAGUUCAUUACUGCAAGCAGCCAGGAUUACGUCAGUAUGCAUCCAGGCAGCGCAAGCAAACUUCAUAAACAGUCUCAAUGUGUUACUGAAAACUGAUAAAAAAACAAUUGAUCAUUUUUUUGGAGUGUGUAUUUGUACAGCUUUGCAAUUCAGUAUUAUGCCUUUUAAAUGAAAAAAAAAUACCAUAGUAUUAGAGUAGUUAUAUACAUAGUGGUUAAUGUUAACUUUUUUUUUUUUUUUGCUUGUUUGUGUUUUGUAUUCCUUUGUUUUUCUUCUUUACUCAUACCUUCUACUGUACAUCAGCCUUAAGCCAAAGACAAACACUGAGUGUGUGUGUGCCUGUGUAUGAGCAAGAGGGACAGACAGAGACAAAUUGUGUAAAAGUGUGUGAGUGUGUGAGAGACAGUCGCAGAGUGAGUGCUUGAGUGUGUGACAGAGAGAGAGAGAGAGAGAGUGUCUGUUUCUCUGAGUGUUGUGCUGUUGCCUGUGAUGGUCAUCUUUGUGCCUUCCUGUUUGUAUAGGCCUGAUAAUGUACAGUUUUUUUUUUUAUGUAUGAAUAUCUGACAUGGUCUUUUUUAAUUUCCCAUGUAAUUGUUCAAUCAACAUCACUGAGUGAGUAUGCUCUCUCAAAAGCAAUGAGUCAUCUGUUAAAGGAAGCAGGGCCACUUGUGUCAAGGGCAGCUUUGUCUUGUCUCUCCACUCAGUCCUCAGUCCCCAGCCUGUCACUAUGACAACAGCAUGUCUUUCUGUAGUAUUCCAUGACAACCUUCAACAUAAGAAUGUAGUUAAAUACUCUGGGCACUCAGACAGCUCAUACCCUUAAGGUAGCUAAGAAAUGUUUCAUGUGUAAAAAUAGGUUAGCGGAACCUGAUGCUUUCUUUGCGAUCUUCACAAUCAUCUUCGCGAUCAACAACACAAAUGUCUGUUUGUCUGUUUUUCAGUCAGUUUUGUUUUACAAUUUAACAUUCCCUAGCAAAACUGUUGUUUCAUUUAAAUAUUCAGUUUCUCUUAGCUGAUGUUCAAGGACAGGAAUAAAAGUUUGGAAAACAAA